AUGGUCGUGGUCCGCGAAUCGCCGCGCGCGAAAGAGUCGCCGGCCAAGUUGAUGACUACAUGGCCGCCGCAAUCCCCGCUGCAAGCGCUGUGGUCGUCGCCGGGUGGGAGGAAGAAAUGGCAGGACGGGCAAAUCCGCGCCAAGGGCGAGAGAUGUCCAUCUCCCACUCCAAUGGGGAGGAAUAUCAUGCGGGACAUGGACAGAGACAGGAACGGGAUGGAGGAGGAUCCAGAAGAGGAAGAUGAGGAGGAUGAAGAGACGCUGCAAUUACAACUCCAGGCGCUGCAGACCAAGAUCAAACUGAAGAAACUCCAGGCGGCCAAGAAGGACUUGGCCACAUCUCCUACUCGUCCGCGAAUGCCGCCUCCUCCGACGGUGGAAGUACCAACGAGCCCCGUGAGGAGGGAGAGAAGGCCGGAGGAGCAAGUGUCGCCGGCGAGGAGGAGAUUGGGUCUGACGGAGAAUCCUCGACCUGAACAUGUCAGUUUGAAGCGACCUCGCCAGCAAAAUCCCUUCAAUCGAGAUACUUCUAUGACAUCGGCACCCCAUCCCACUGCUGCAACACGACAUGUUCCACGCCCGCUCAGCUUCAACGAACGCCUGGCCGACAGCAAAGAAAAAGAGUCGCAGAAACAAGCCAAACAAGAUCGUUUGGCCUCCAUUCGCAGUUCUGCCUUCUCCAAAACCCCCGUCACAUCAUCAUCCACAUCGGCAACAUCAUCAUCACAAGGAACGGCAAUGCCCACGGAAACGGUCGCCGAGAAGUCCCGCAAAGCCCGUCAACGUCUCGAGCACAUGACCGCAAACUCGGUCGAUGCUCAAUCCGGUGCGCGAACCGGCCAUGACCUCAGUGAUUCCGAAGAAGAAGACGACUCCCUCAACAUCCUCCACAACAACUCCGAAGGCUACGAUCCCUUUUCCAAGAUCCACCYCAAACGCCGCCACAUUCCCCAUCCCGUCAUCGCCAGAGAAAUGGAAGGCAAGGAAGUCUACACCCUCCCGAGAUUAUUGAAGGAAGUCAAAUCUCCCGACUACGAUCCUCCCGAUUGUGAAUCCGACUUUGUUCUCUUCGCCGUCCUGGCUUCCAAAUCCUCUCCUCUGGAUCACGCGCAAACACAUCGCACCGCAGGGACGAAUCCCUUGGAGCCUGCAAAGAAUAAAUUCAUGGUCCUCAAGCUCGUCGAUCUCAAAUGGGAAAUUGACUGCUUCCUCUUCGGAACCGCCUUUACGCAUUUCUGGAAACUCACCCCGGGAACUCUUCUGGCCAUCCUCAAUCCUGCAAUCCUCCCUCCCAAAGGCAAUCAACACAAUGGGAAAUUCUCCCUGAAAUUGGGAAGCAGUGAAGACGCCGUCAUGGAAAUCGGAGUCGCCAGGGAUCUGGCCCUCUGCAGCGCCAUCAAAAAGGAUGGAGAAGGAUGUGAAGAGUGGGUGGAUAAGCGUAAAGGCGAAGCGUGUGCUUUUCACGUCGAGUUGUUGGUGGACAAGGCGAGGAAACAUCGCAUGGAAGUCAACACCGUCUGGAGAGAUCCCGACGGCAACAAAGACGACCGAACCAAAAGUCGUGCGGCUCGAGGGGGAAGAGGAGGGAAGAGAGGGGGCAAUGGAUCCUGGAGUCGAGAACACGGCAUGUUAUAUUCCGUCCCCAAGAAUUUCACCCGGGGAGGCGGGACCGCGAGUGCCAUGGAUCGGGAUGAUACCGACGCGUUAAACUCACUAUCCAAAGAAGAGGCGAGUCGGAGGAGGAUUGCCAAUGCGCAGAGGGAGAGGGAUCUGGCGGCGAGUCUGGCCGAGAUGGGAAAUGGAGUGGGAGCCAAGUAUUUGAAGGCCACCAUUACCAGUACCACCACCACCACCACCACCACUACUGAGAGGGAUGUGAGGAGGAGAGGUGAUGCCGAUGCCGCGCGGGAGGAAUUGUUUAAGAAACCUUCGGCGAGAGAAUUGGGUUUGUUGGGGAAUGUGGCGGGGAGCAAGCGCUUGAGUCCUCCGAGGGAGCGCAAGAGUCAUUUUGGUUUGGGGUUGAACACUUCUACGAAAUCAAAUAACAGCACCGUGGGAUGGGGCGGGGCGGGAAAAUCUGGAAUCGUUGGCAGGAGAAAGGAUGUCCUUCCGGAGAAGGGACAGACGAUGUUGAACGUUGCUGAUGAUAACAAGACCAGCGCGACGACGACUUCUUCUUCGACAACGACUAGAGCUAAGAACUUGGUGCGGACACGAAGUCAGGAGAGUAGUUUGAGGAGUACGAGGAGUACGAGUCCCGUGAAGAAGAGGGCGAGGCUACAAGUUCCUGAUAAAGGAAUUCGGGAGCCGGGGAGGGAGAGCUUACCUGGUGGUGGUGGUGGUGGUGCUGGCAGGAUGGGCGGGAAUAAUGACCUUGAUGAUAAUGAUGAUGACGAUGAUGAGUUGGAGAUUGUUUGA